CGCGAAGCGGUCGCGUUGACAUCGGUAGCUGCUCUCCAAUAAUUCUCCAAUAAUAUUCCAACGCAAUCGCCCAUGCUAAUUGCCGCGCUGUGAUACAGACUCAGUGGGGAUCCGAUGAACGGAUCCAUCAGCACUACCAAUCAAUCCAAAGCUCCCAAGUUCUACUAGUGUCAGUGUCAGUGUCAGUGCAAUCAAUCCCAUCCAUCCACUUCCCACUUGGUAUGUGGAACCUGGGGCUGCGAUCGCCGUAACAGCAGCAACAACUGAGGCGACCAAAACACGCGCUACAGGUGUGCACAGACACUCUCUACCCUGGCAACCAGCGCCUGCUCCCCCGAUCGCUCCGAUAAGAAGAUAAUUAAACUGUAAUACAUUUCCCUGAUGGGCAAUUUUGCUACUGCUGCUGCCUGUGCCUUUUGCCGGUGUUAAUUAAGCCUUCACACACUUAAGUGUGCCACUUGAGAUGUACACAGUCGCAUAGGCCGCCUUAUCGCCAGCCGGAUUCGGCCAACGGUGUAGACAAAAGUAAAGAGUGAUCUCACAGAUAACGCCGCCGCGGAAUCGGAAUCAGAUUCGGUAUCGGUAUCAGAGGCAGCGGCAGUUUUCCCAGUCCAAGUCGCCGUCUGCCGGCAGCAGCAGCAUAUUCAUAAAUAAUCUUUGGCCGCGGCCACAUCGGUGCAGAUCGGCGGAUCAACUCCACUCCCAAGUAGUGGCCAUUCAAAAGGAAGUCGGUCUUGUGACUUCGUCGCGUUGCAGAUAAUUGAAUUUAAUGCACAAAUGAGACCAAGGAAUUUGCUUUCAUAAAGCCAUACGAAUCACAUGCACCAGUGACGAAUGCAAUCCCUCAGCUUGCAUUGUGUGCCAUAGCCGCUGACGCGCGAUCGAGAUCGAGACCGAGCUCCAGAUAUUUCACUUCCGAGUCGCCGCUUAGCACUGCCGUCCGAAGAUGAAGGUGACCAGGAAUGGAGGGCAGACCCUGCUCAUUGCACCAUCGCCGCAAGCGCGGCUUACGCCCCUGCGCACCUACUCCAAUGCCUCGUCCUUGGGCCAUCAUCAUGACAGGACUCCUGGGAGUCCUCUGCCGGAGGGAGAUGACGAAGAAGGAGGUCUCGGCUAUACCCACACGCUGAUGUAUGGUCGUUAUACCAAAGAUCUAGGAGAAUUUGCCAAGGAUGAAGCCAGAAAGCUCAAAAUACUCGAAAAGCGACGAAAGCAGGAAGAUAAACAAAGGAAUAAGGAACUGCUAGGCAAGCAUUCGACGCGGGCGAAGCGGGUGUCCUCAUGGAUCUGGAAGCACACGAUAGCCCGGCUGGGCGAGGACUGGGUCUUCCUGGCGCUGCUGGGCAUCAUUAUGGCGCUGCUCUCAUUCAUCAUGGACAAGGGCAUAUCCAUCUGUACAAACGCGCGCAUUUGGCUGUAUCGCGACCUGACGUCACAGCCUUUUGUUCAGUACAUCGCGUGGGUCUCGCUCCCAGUCUGCCUCAUAUUAUUCUCGGCCGGCUUUGUCCAUCUCAUCGCACCGCAAAGUAUAGGUUCCGGUAUACCCGAAAUGAAGACCAUACUGCGCGGCGUUCAGUUGAAAGAGUAUCUCACAUUUAAGACAUUAGUGGCCAAGGUGAUUGGUUUAACGGCAACUCUGGGCAGCGGUAUGCCAUUAGGAAAGGAAGGUCCUUUCGUACAUAUAGCAAGUAUUGUAGCACAAUUAUUAAGUAAACUUGUCACAUCAUUCCAAGGCAUAUAUGAGAAUGAGUCGCGAAACUCCGAAAUGCUGGCGGCAGCCUGUGCCGUCGGUGUGGGCGCCUGCUUUGCCGCGCCCGUCGGUGGUGUGCUUUUUAGCAUCGAAGUCACCACCACGUACUUUGCGGUGCGCAACUACUGGCGCGGCUUCUUUGCAGCGGUGUGCGGCGCCACUGUCUUCCGGCUCCUGGCCGUUUGGUUCCAGAACGCCGACACUGUACGGGCCCUGUUCCUCACGAACUUCACCACCGAGUUUCCCUUUGAUCCCCAGGAGCUGUUUGUCUUUGCCUUGAUUGGGCUCGUGUGCGGUCUGGGUGGCGCCUCCUACGUGUGGGUCCAUAGGCGAUAUGUCCUCUUCAUGCGCUCCAACAAGCGCAUGAACAAGUUCCUGCAGAAGAAUCGCUUCCUGUAUCCUGGCUUCCUUGCUCUGCUGGUCUCCAGCAUAUCCUUUCCCUUGGGCACUGGUCAGUUUCUGGCCGGCGAGCUAAGCACCCACGAGCAGGUGACGCAGCUCUUCAGCAAUUUCACAUGGUCGCGCGAUGACCUGACUGUGGAGCAGGCGGCAGUGGUGACCCACUGGAUGACCGGGUACACCAGCGUGUUUGGAAACUUGGUUAUAUACACCCUUUUCACGUUUAUGUUCUCCAUUAUCGCCUCCACGAUACCAGUGCCGUCGGGCAUGUUUAUUCCGGUUUUUAAGAUCGGCGCUGGAUUCGGUCGGUUGGUGGGCGAGUUCAUGGCGGUUACCUUUCCACAUGGCGUCCGGUACGGCGGUCGGUUGUCGCCCAUCAUGCCCGGGGGCUAUGCCGUGGUCGGGGCGGCCGCCUUCUCCGGCUCCGUGACGCACACGGUCUCUGUGGCCGUGAUCAUCUUUGAGAUGACCGGCCAGAUCACACAUGUGGUGCCGGUGAUGAUUGCCGUGCUGGUGGCCAAUGCCGUGGCGGCGCUGCUGCAACCGUCGAUCUACGACAGUAUUAUAUUGAUUAAGAAGCUGCCGUACCUGCCCGAUCUCCUGCCCUCCAGCUCCGGCAUGUACAGCAUAUUCGUGGAGGACUUUAUGGUACGGGACGUGAAGUACAUAUGGCACGGCAUCUCCUACCAGAAGCUCAAAGAAGUCCUCAAAGCGAACAAGACGCUGCGCUCGCUGCCGCUGGUGGACAGUCCGGACAACAUGAUCCUGCUGGGCUCCGUGCAGCGCUACGAGCUGAUCAAGAUGAUCGAGAAGCACAUCGGGCGGGAGAAGCGCAUGGAGGUGGCCCAGAAGUGGCAGAAGGAGGCACAGGAGCGGGCCCUCGAGGAGGAGAAGAAGAAGCAGGAAGUGGAGCUAAAGAUGCGACGUCCUUCACGAUUCGAAGUGCUCCCGGCUCCGGACAUUCUCAGCCUCCGGCAGAUUGCCAACGAUGAGAUGCUGCCGCCCAAAAAGCGAGCGGAGACGAUGCACAGUUCGCUGGCACCCAGGAAGUCCAUCCUGAAGAAGACCAACUCCUUCAACCUGAAGACGUAUACACCGCAGCCGUUGGCCCAUAGUCCCAGCAUCACGCCGUACACCACGAUAACGGGAAACUCUGAGUUCCGCAUCCGCUCGGCCUUUGAGGCCAUCUUCAAGAAGUCCACCACGCUGCAGGACGUCCAGCCGGAUCCGGAGACGGGCUCUCUCUCGCCGGCCGCCAGCCACAACGAGGUGGAGGUCCAGCGCACUCCAAGCACUCCGGGUGUUUCCAAAAAGGUUCAGCUGCAUGCACAAAGUAAUUGGAAUUUUGUUACCGAUCAAAUUAUGCUGCAAGUAAACCCCAUUUCAACGGAACCCACAACAUUGUUUAAUGCAUUCACAAAGCCUGCUGAAAAGGAUAGCACGGAAAUUGCAUUAUCAAAUAGUGGGGAUAAGUCAAGCCCAUCACCAGAUCGGCGGAGCAUUAAGUUUAAAACAAAUAAAGUAGCAGAUGUAAAUAAUUCGCCACAAAUAGUUCCCAGAGAAAGGUGCACGAAAAUUCGAUUUGCCAACGAAGUUGAAGACCAGAGUUCGCCUUCGCAUAAGAAAUGUUUUGCCAAAGAACUGAAUGGUAUGGGUUACUCCAUUGAAGAUAUCGAUGAAGUAGAAAAUCCGGAAACCGAAGGCCAGAGCGUUCAAAAGACGAAGUCAGUGCAGUUGCCCAGGGAACGAGUCAUUGACAUGUCGCCGGAGGACCAGAAGCAGUGGGAGCUCGAGGAGAUGUUAAAGCCCAUCGAUUUGCAAAAAGCCAAUGUGCAUAUCGAUCCCUCUCCCUUCCAGCUGGUGGAACGCACCUCCAUCCUCAAGGUGCACUCGCUGUUCUCCAUGGUGGGAAUCAAUCACGCCUAUGUCACCAAGAUCGGGCGACUUGUAGGCGUGGUGGGCCUCAAGGAGUUGCGCAAGGCCAUCGAGGACAUCAACAGCAAUAACUUCGUGGCCCCCACCCGUGACGAAGAUGCAGAGGAGAAGCCUGCAGUGGAGAAGCCUUUGCUGUCGUCAAACGCCAGCGACAAGGCAGUGGAUAUGACCGUUACCUCGAUGGACUCGGCCCUGUCCAACUCCGAGAACUGUUCGGACAUUGAAAUGGAGCACAUAAAGCACACGGAUAAGGGCGCAGUGACGCUCACCAUGCCGUCACAGGAAGCAUCUAACCAGGGCCCAACAACGGCGGACACAAAAGCCACAGAGAACGGCGGACAUGCUUGAAGCGCAGAUGAGAUCCGCCUGCAGAAUAGUACAUACGUUACGUAUACGUCAUAUGUUUGUAAAGAUCAGCUAGAAGAAAACCUAUCAUAAGUUAUUUCUUACACGAGUUAGUCAUCAAUGUUAUUAUGUAUUUAUAUCUCGCUAGUUCAUAAUGUCAAAGAUAUCGUGAUUUAUAUAUAAGUUGAAAAGAAAAUUAAGUCACCAAACGAA